AGAGAAUAUCAUCCUAGACUUCAGCAGGGUCCUGGGAUUUGCAGAGGACUCUUGGGUCUACUGCUGAUGUUUCGUUUGUGUUCUCUUAUUGCUUGAGAUCAAGACAGAUUGUCGCAAAACGAGACGUCAUGGCCCAAAAGGCUUCGGACGACGAUGUAAGCCAGUCGGUGUUGAAUUUCGUCACCGAGGGGACUUACCCAGCGUCGGAGAGCGUGAUAGCAUCUGAAUUUCCUGCAUCAGGGCUUGCAAAGGAAUUGGAACUGAUCACCAAGGCCCGGGAGCAGGUGGAGACCGAAAUCAGCUCACUGAGUCGUGAUAUUGACUUUGAUGCCGAUGGAUGGAUCACACAAGCAAAACAACUUCAUGCGGAUAUCGAACGGUCACGGCUCACCGCGCGGGAGAUCGUUGCACAGCACGAGAAUACCAAGCCUCUGGAAUUGAAGGUCGAAGAUGCUGCGGCCAAGGUUGAAUUGAUCGAGACAGAAAUUACGUUUAACCAGGCCGUCACCGAUACCUUGGAGGAAGUGCAGAGACUCUGUCACCAACUCGAUGCUGGGCGGGCGACCCUUCAAGAGGGCCAGAUCAUGGCCGCUAUCGACACAUUGGAAACAACGGAAAGGAUUGUCAAGACUGACAGUCUCUUCACAAACACCAAUGUGAUGAACAUAUUGUUGGAGAAUAUUGAGGGGCUACGACAGGAAAUUGUGGACUUUUUACGUGUGCGAUGGUCUGAGCAGUUGGCAGUUGACAAACAAAAAGGCGAAUUGCUGGUCCCAAAUAAUGGGGAAUCUUCACUGGAGGAUACGAUUGCGGCUUUGAUAAGAUUGGAAAUUCUCGCUCCAGCCAACGAAAAAUUCCAGAAAGACGUUCUCUGCGCCAUAGUAGGCCCGAUACUAUUGCCCAGUAUCAACGGAUAUAGCCGGGGGGUACGUAUUGAUGACACCGGAAUUCACAUCGACCCAGAGCCAUCAGAAGUCUCUGUCUCGGGGGUUUUGGACCGUAUCGCAAGCGUCCUAGGUUACCUACGACAAUCUCUCCCGGCAUCGAUCUUAACUCCAUUUUCUAGUUUCUUCAUUCCAACUCUCGCGUCGAGGAUCAUUGCGUCCUGGCUGUCAUCCGCUAUACCCACUGAGCUUUCAAGUCUGGGUGAAUUUGAGGAAACACUAGAUCAUGUUCUGAAGUUCGCUCAAACGAUAGAGUCGCUUGGUUGGAAUGGCCAAGAAGAGCUUGUUUCUUGGGUCAACCAAGCCCCCCGACUUUGGCUUACUCGACGACGGGUCGAUUCUCUAGAUCAGGUACGCAAAGUCCUUGCGGCCAGUCAAGGUACCACCAAACAAGUGGAAAGGGUAGAAAAAGAAGAAGUCUCUCAAGCAGAUGAGGCUCUACUGGAGAAAGCUCCAUCUGACGAUUGGGAUGCCGGCUGGGAUGAAGAAACCCAAGAGGGCUCGGAUAAGAAAUCAGCAGCAAAUCACGAAGAGGAAGAUGUCAGCGCCUGGGGUCUGGAUGACGAGGAAGAUGAGCCGGAAACGAAGCCAGAUGUGCCUGCCGAAGAAGAUGAUGAUGCCGACGAUGCUUGGGGCUGGGGCGACGAUGAAGUGGAAGAUCAGCAGGAUGAUAAUCUACAGCCUCAAAUAACUGCCGUUGCCAAACCUGUGAACGGAAAAGCAGCAGCAUAUGAUGCCGCCCCGCGAGAGGUGACACUGAAAGAACAGUAUACCGUAACGGACAUUCCAGACUCCAUUCUCCAAAUCGUUCAGCAGCAAAUUGCGGACUCUCAAGCCAUAUCACAGCCUGCACACCCCAACUCUCGUGUUAUUUCUUCGGGAGCUGGUCUUCUCGCGCUUCCCACUCUGAUCUUAGCCAUGUUCAAGGCCACAGCAUCCUCGUUCUAUGGUCUCAAACUUAACGCAGGCCAGAUGUAUCUGUACAAUGAUAGCUUGUAUCUCGCCGAUCAGAUACGAAGCAUAGUCGAGGAACACCAACUCACGAGACUCAGUAGUGAUAUCGAUGCGCUCGAUAAAUUCGGGAAAUUGGCAUAUGGCAAGGAAAUGCAGACUCAGCGCACCAUUGUCACUGAUUUACUCGAUGGUGUACAAGGCUUUAGCCAAUGCUCUGAGCAGCCGUUCCUUGGAGAGUGCGAAAAUGCAGUCAGUGCGACUGUGGACAGAAUUCGCGACGUCUACAAAGAGUGGCAGCCGAUUCUAUCUCAUUCCGCAUUGCUUCAAUCUACCGGGUCUUUGGUAUCGACGGUUAUCAACAAGAUCAUCAUUGAUAUUGAGGAUCUAGGCGAUAUCUCAGAGCCUCAGUCCCAACGACUGGUGUCAUUCUGUAACCAGGUAUCCCAGCUAGAGAAUCUUUUCACGCCCGAGACAACAGAAAGCGGCGAUAGUGUUCCUAUGACUGCAGUAUACGUUCGCAAUUGGCUCAAAUUCCAAUACCUCAUCAACAUCCUUGAAAGCUCACUCGCCGACAUCAAGUUUCUUUGGACUGAAGGAGAAUUGCGUCUGGAAUUCUCACCUGACGAGGUUGUAGACCUGAUUGAGGCCCUUUUCGCGGAAUCUGAGUACCGGCGCAAGGCAAUUGCGGAUAUUCGUCGAGUGUCCAGGGGCUAGAGUAUGCUUGACGUGAAAUUUCUGUAUAUACUAGAUAAAUCUCAUUAUCAAUAAUCCCAGUUGUUGCAAUUUGACCCUCGCUGUCUGUAGGCGCGGGGGAAUCUCCGCGCUUUGCACAAGUAGCCGCAUCGGUCGCCGUAUUUUUUUCUCACCAGCGGCAGGUUUCAUCAAAACUGCGACAGCGACCAGGUGGGAAAUAGAUUUAUUCUUCACCACGCAUUUUUGGAUUCGCAUUUUUGAUUUUUCAUAAUGGACGUGGACCAGGUUUCUGAUUCUGCUGCUGCCUCGGCCCAAGCUGCGCAGAGGCAGGUUCGUGUGCAGCUCACCAGCAAGAAUGAAGAUAUUGCACUGCCCGAAAAC